AUGGGUCCUGCUGACCCAGUUUACGCCCGUAAUUAUACGCGCGUAUGCGUAUACGUGGGAAAUUUUACGCGCGUAAGCGUAUACGCUACGCGCGGAGCACUAUUCCUCGCACAAAGAUAUUCCCAGAUGAGCUCGUACUCCUUGGACAUGAAUUCUCUCCCAAUAGAGAUGCGCAGCAAAAAUUUUCACGAAUAUGUGUGUAAUGUGCGGCCCGGAAAGGAAAGUAUCAGAGCACCAGUCAGGAUCUCGAGCGUUUGCCGACAAUGGCGCAAAGAAUCCCUCUCGUUCGGCGUUCUCUGGACCUACCUGAAAUACUACGUUGAUGGUGUACCUCCGGACUGGUUGAUUGAGGUUUUCGAUACCUGGCUUCAAAGAUCCAACGGAGCACCACUUAAUUUCUCCUUCACAUGUCACCUUUAUAGCCACCGGUCUAAGGAGGAUUAUCUAGUUGCUGAACGCAUCGUCUUGAUGUUGCUUGAUCACCAGAAUGAGGAAUACAAAAUAAGUGGCCAUUGA